AUGUCUGCCCUAACACCAACAUUCUCUUUGACAACAGCAUUACUUCCCGGUGUCCAGGAAUUUUCUCUGGACCUUCUAUUAGCCGCUGAUGAAUUGGCCCUUUUUGAUUUGGUUACUCACAUUCAAUCACAUAUCAUAGCUUCUGAAAGACCUUGGCUCCUUAAAAAUCUCAUAAAAGUUUACCAGUUUUCCGAACUAACUAAUAAUUUCUCAAAACUUCGUGAUCACUGUCAAGAAAUAAUCGAUAAAACUCCUGAUUUAGUUUUCGGUUCUAACGAUUUCGCUAAAUUAGAUCUCUCAACUCUAAUAUCACUUCUAAAACGGGAUGACCUCUCAGUUAAAGAAAUAGAUAUAUGGAAUCAUGUAAUUGAUUGGGGAAUCUGUCAACAUCCACCUUUUAAUCCCAAUAUUUCAAUAUGGACUGAUGAUGAUUUUGAAACUUUAAAAUCCAGAGUUCAACAAGCUCUAAUCCAUAUACGUUUUUUUAAUAUCUCCCAUAAUGACUUUAAAUCUAAAAUUAUUCCAUUUAAAAAAAUUUUGUCUAAUCAAUUAUAUGAACGUUUAGAAGAUCACCAUAUAACUUUUGGCUCUGAAUUGAUUUCCUCAAGACAAGCUGCUUUGAUUACUUGCUGGAUAGAAGAAAGAGAGUUUUCUUUUGAGAAGACUGAGCUCUUGGCCACUAAUCGUAGUUUUAUUUUUUCCAUGGAUAAUGACGACAAUAAUUUAAAGAAUUCUAUUCUUAGUAGAGUUUCUCCGGCUGGAUGUGCUAUUUUUAAUCAUGGGUAUGCCCCUGAUAAAAUAGGUUUUGGACGUGAUCUUAUGUGGUUUAAUGGAACAAGUCUUCAUUCAGAUUAUGAGAAAAAUAUUUUUAUGCCUGAUAAUUUCAAUAUGGUACGUUUUUAUGAGAAAAACUUCUUUCGCCCAGAUACUUUUGAUGUGAUAGAUUUUGAGGCAGGUUCGGGUUCAUGA